CUCAUUUAAGGGUUGGCCCUGGAAGCGAGGUUAUAUUUUUCUGGAGGUCUUUGUUCAUCUGGGGAUUUCUAAAGGUACAAAGAUGCUUCUCCUGUGAGAUGCUUUACAUCAGUUUCCUGAAUUUACUGGAAUACGUCUUUGUUUAGAAGAAGCAAAAAACAGUGUAAAAGAAACAACAGACUAAAGAUCACAGGCUGGACUGAGAGUACCACUGGCCACAAGCCUCCUGAAGCAUUUGUACUCCUGCACUGACGGAUGUCUGUGCUGCUAUAACCUCACACCUUUUUAUAAGUAAGUCUCCUUCUUAGUCUUUCUUCCAUCCUCCUUGAACGAUGACUGAAACAAUUCUCCUCAAAGUUAAAAAGGCUGCAUUCCCUCCACUGUUUGCCUUAAGUUCCCCCAACCAUUAGACUUCAGUAAGCGCUUUAAGAAUGGUGUGAACACUUUCUCUCCUCAAACAAGAAGUGAGAGCCUCCAGUGUUUGUGGAUAACUUCUUCACAACUGGAAGAAUUCUCUCACAACAGUAAGCAGAAGGACAAAUCUUUUUCAAAACCCAGGAACAGGAAAGCAGCAUUGAAUUGGACUGUGAAUGCUUAAUGUGUUUGCACAGUUAUUACUCUUUCUGUUGGGCUUUUUGGACAGAUGGAGUUGGUCUCUCUUGUACAAACAACCGUUCUGCCAAAAAGUUCACCUUAUUUUCAUACAUUAAUGUAUGUGUACGUGUUAGACUAUUACUUUUUUCACAUUGGUUAAUUUGAUCUUGGUAUGGAAACUAAAAAGAAGGAUUUGUUCAAAAAGAGACAUGGCUGCCUAAAUGUUGAGUAGGCUUCCAGAGGUGUCCUGCUCAACAGGACACAAUGAAACAGCUCAACAGAAGCCAAGCCCACAACUGUAAGAUUCUGAAGAAAGAACUUUCACAACAAAGCCAACGGGAAGGAGGCAAAAGCUCGCACCAUCUCUUCGGCAGAUGAUAGAAGCAUCGAGGGAAUCAAGAACUAGCCAGCACCUGUCCCCUCUGAGGCCAUUUCCUCCGAUUAACGUUCGAUUUCUUUUAACAAAGCAGCCUCACGUGAGCGCUCCCCGCAGAGAGGAGCAUCCCCAGCCUUGCCCUCAGGUAGGACGUCAAUAACCGAACCAACAAACGAAAUUUUUACGUCACGCCGUUCCAAAGCGCCCCUUCUAAAACACUCGCCAGGGCGCGCGCUCCCUCACCGCUGACACCGCGGGGGUCCAUCCGCGCCGCUCCCCGCCCUCACCGCCCCAACCCCGCCGGCUGUGGAGGCGGGCCGUGCGGUGGGGCGGUGCUCGCCGUUUGCACCUCGACGGGCCGGCGGCCGCUCACACGCUGGCGGGCGGCGUUCGGGAUGUGAGCGGCGGCUCCGGCGCCGAGCUGCAGCAUGUGGCCGGCCCUGCUCCUGGGGCUGCUCCUCUCCCGAGCCGGAGACUUCCAGGCUCUACCACGGAGUGAUUGCAUAGUAGCAGAACAGCUGUGCCUCUUAGACUCCAACUGCAAUGCCACCUACAGGACUCUGGAAAACUGUGACCUUGCUAAGACACGCUUCGUCGCGCUGGAUCAUGAUAGCAGGGUCAGAUGUCUGAAUGCAGAGCUGUACCUCGGGAACAGCUCUUUACUGCACUGCAAGUGCCAUCGGCGCAUGAAGAGACAGGAGCAUUGCCUGCGCAUUUUCUGGACUGUUCACUCCAGCAUGACAGACGGUUAUUUCAAUUUGGAAACCUCUCCCUAUGAGAAUCCAGCAAUUGAAGAGCACUGGAAAACAGAUUAUAAUGAACUGGCAGCUGUGGUAUCAGGCUCUCAGUUAGCAGGAGAUGCAACAAACCCAUGCCUGAAAGCAACUCAUGUCUGUAAUUUGAGCAAGAAGUGCGUUCGGCUGCGCACAGACUAUGCCUCAAUCUGCACCAGAGGGGCAGGAAGUGAGGACAUGUGUGACCGUCGCAAAUGCCAUCGAGGGCUAAGAAAUUUCUUCGAGAAAGUCCCUGAGGAUUUCACUAGAAGGAUCCUAUUCUGUCCAUGUCAGGAUGAACUCUGUGGAGAACGGCGCCGGAAAACUAUUGUUCCUGAUUGCUCCUUUCAGUAUAGCACCAAACCCAAUUGCCUUUGGCUUCUGGACUCCUGCUUGGAAGACCAUAUCUGCAAAUCCCGACUCGCUGACUUCCAACAAAACUGCCAACCUGCAGAUAUGUCCCCAGAUGGUUGCUCUCAGCACAACCAUGCUGCAUGCCUGCAGGCUUACAUGGGGAUGAUUGGCACGCCUAUGACACCCAACUACAUCAGUAACUCCAGCGUGGAGGUCUCCCUGUGGUGUACCUGUGAAAGCAGUGGCAACCAGAAGGAGAAGUGUGACCAGAUACUCGGCAUGUUUGAGAACAACAAAUGCCUUGAAAAUGCUAUUUGGUCUCAAAUGCACCAGAAGCUGACAGGUCUGGAAAGACAGAAAGACUUAUAUUAUUCAGCUUCCCUAAAUUUCCAAGGAGACAGCGCCAGCACAUCUCUUGCUUCGGAAAUGUCCCAGGUGGCUGAAGUGAAGACACAGCAAGACACCUCUGAACACAGCAGUUUGCCUAUGGCCUCCUCUGUAUAUUCUGGAGCUGCUGUUUCUUGGCCAUCUCUGUCUCUAUUCCUUCCCCUGUUGCUGAGCCCACUUUAACUUGGCAUAAGUGACAUCUUUCCUUCCUGUAUUAUUAAUCUUAUCCCAUAUCCAGGCACCUCCCACUACUGAUUUACCCUCAACAAACAAAAAGCCUCUGUAAAAGAGGAAGGGAACAGCCUUAGCCUAUAACUGCGGUCACCGAAAACCUCUCCCUGAUUUGUGCCCCUCUUUCCUCCAAUCAGUGUGCUCUGAGAUGCAGAUUUGGUGCCCACCAUUGCUUCUGCCACAUUUAGCAUUUUGAGUGACAGUCAGGCUUAUAUUCAACCACAGCAUUUUAAAACAAGUCUGCAUUCUGUUAGAACUUGCGUGGGGUUCUGUUUCUAACUAGAGGGAUGCACAUGACACUGUUUCCUACUGCCCUACCUGUUGGAGCUCUUCCAUAGGCAUAGAGCACAACAUACUUAAGCGUCAGGUCCUGCACUUUGGCCACAACAAUCCCAGGUAACACUACAGGCCUGGGGCUGGAAGACUGCCUGGAAGAAAUGGACCUGGGAGUGUUGAUGGAUGCUUGGCUAAACAUGAGCCAGCAGUGCGCCCAGGUAGCCAAGAAGACCAAUGGCAUCCUGGCUAGUAUAAGAAAUAUACUAGUAUGCUAGUAUAGCAUUGCCAGCAGGGGCAGAGAAGUGAUAUGCCCUGUAUUCAGCUCUGGUGAGGCUGCACCUUAGGUACUGUGUUCAGUUUUUGGCCAUUCACUGCAGGAAAGACAUCGAGGCCUUGGAGUGUGUCCAGAGGAGUACAGCCAAGCUGGUAAAAUGUCUGGAGCACAAGCUUUGUGAGGAGCAGCUGAAGGAACUGAGAUUGUUCAGUCUGGAAAAGAGGAGGCUCAGGGGAAAUCUUGUCGCCCUCUACAACUAUCUGAAAGGAGGUUGUGGUGAGGUGACGGUCAGCCUCUUCUCCUGCGUAAGUAGUGAUGGGACUAGAGGGAAUGGCCUCCAGUUGCAUGAGGGGAGGCUCAGGUUAGAUAUUUGGAAAAAUUUCUUCUCCAAAAGCUUGCUCAGCCACUGGAAUGAGGUGCCCAGGGAGGUGGUUGAGUCACCUUUCCUGGAGGUGUUCAAGAAAGGUUUAGAUGUUGUACUAUGGGACGUGGUUUAGUGGGGAAGUAUUGGAGGGGGUGGGUGGUUGGACUAGAUGAUCUUGGAGGUCUUUCCCAAUGCUGGUGAUUAUAUGAUGAGGAUUAAGAGCCCUCACUGCAGGGUGGUUACAAGUAAACCUAAGUGAGCAUAAAAUCCCUGUAAAACACCAGUUCUCAAUUACUUUCAGUUCCCUUACAUAUAUUUUUUUCAGUUCAUUCUUUUAAAUAUAGGAAAAAUAUCGUUCCAGCUUGAAGACACUACACUUUAGUUUAUGUUCUUGCUCCUUUCUGUUUUGCCCUUUGUAACUAUAUGUAUCAUCCUUUAUCAUGGAUAGCAACAGACCUGCGUUUUGUGAAAUAGCAGGGAUUCCUGUACUCAAUCCUAGUAAAUUUACCUAGCCAAGGAUGAUGUUACCAGGCCUCAGGCCAGAGCUUUUUAGGAAUGCCUAGGGAAGGUGAUGCUCUAUUCACCACAGGUCAUUCAGUUGCAAAAGCCUCCAGGAGCUGGAACUGGUUUGUACCUGUCCACACACUGAAGUUGCCAUUUUCCCCUUUCAGUCCUGCCAGUCUCCUUCUCUGCCAAGUUCUACUUCAUGAUCUGUUUAUUCUGAAUGUAAACAUGUGCACUGUGUAACUGCUGUUAUUUUAUGCUACGUUGGCCUGUUAGAAUGUGGUGUUAAGUGAAUAUUGAUUUCUGAGCAUAGGUUAAUAGUCCACAAUCAAUUGUGUGCAAGAAUUGCCUCAUCAGCCAACCCACACUUUCAGGAUAGCUAGAAACUCAGCUUAAAGCAGCUUCUCCAUACACAUGUAUAAUGCCUCUUGUUUAUUCUAUGAAAUACAACAGAUCUGGACAAUAUUAUGCACAGCUGAGCAAUAUUACAGUCCAGAAUAGAUGCAGAACAUGUGGCAAUUUCUUUUUACACUGUGUUUUAUCUGCACCUCACGAAGGUACCAACUAGGUAAUAUAUUUUGGUUCCCAUUCACUGUCAGACCCUUCUUACUAGAAAAUCUUCCAUUGCUGCAUAUAUCUCAGUGUAGCUGUCCGUCUCUGCAGUGUAAUAUUGCCAUUUCAAAUUCUGGCCUCCUCUUAUCUCCUUGGGCAGCUAGGACAGGGAGAUGAUUGCAUGCAAUAGAACCUGUCCCUCUGAUGCAACACUGCAUUUUCACGCAAAAGGAACAAGUAUCAUGUCAUCUUGAGAGGAGAUUUAGGACGGAUCUUUAGCUCUCUACAACUACUGAAAGGAGGUUGUGGUGCGGUGGGGAAUCAGCCUCCUCUUCUGCAUAACUAGCAACUAGAGGGAAUGGCUUCCAGUUGCACAAGGGGAGAUUCAGGCCAGAUGUUAGGAAAAAUUUCUUCUCUGAAAGGAUGGUCAGCCACUGGAAUGGGCUGCCCAGGGAGGUGGUUGAGUCACCAUCUCUGGAGGUGUUCAAAAAAGAUUUAGGUGUUGCACUAAGGGAUAUGGUUUAGUGGGGAAAUACUGGAGGUGGGUGGAUGGUUGGACUAGAUGAUCUCGGAGGUCUUUUUCAACCUUGGUGAUUCUAUGAUCUUAACUACGAGGAGUCAGAAUGCUGGUACUUCCCACCAUGUGCUGAAACAUGGCUACGUGAUUGAAGAGACAACGCUGUUUCUAUGUUUGCUACCUCUCUUUAAUGAAAACUGCCUGUGUUAUUAUAGGAUUCUGAGAUCUACAUUUGGCCAUCCUUCCUAUGGUGGGGCUGUAACUGUAGGGUGUGUUCUGUCAUUUCCAGAGAUUACUUGUGAAUGACAGGGAAAAGAAAAAUGUUCUUUACAAUAAUCCAGAAAUCAGUGUGAACAUUGAUAAGAAAGAUGGAAUAGCUUUCCAUGAGCAGCAUCCAUCUUCUAUUAAUCUGCAUUGUGAACUUUCCUCUUUCCACACUUGAGUGCUCUAAGUCAGGUUGAUAUGGGAAAAGCUAUUAUUAUUUUGUUGUUCAUAUUCAUCAUACUGUGGACUUCUAGUCCCCUUGCCCCUACUAAGAAGGUUAUUGAUGGCAAUUUCGGCCUCUAGUCAUGUCCUGGAUUACACAGGAAAAUGCUUUACAGUCUGACAAAAUCCUGCUCUAGACAGAAAUUAAACAGAACACAACAUUUUCUUCAAAUGUCCCUUUUCCACGUUCCUAUACACUUUUAUAUAUACAGCUGCCUCCUACAAUUGGUCAUCAACAACCGGAAGCAAAAAUCACCGCUAAAUACGCCUGCAUUGGUAGGUACUCACUCUGAUGUGUAUACAAAUCCAUAAGAGUGUGACGUAAUACCAAGACUUGCUAAUAAAAAUCUAUCUUGCAAUUU